GUCCCUCAGCCCCGCCUCGCCUCUGCUUCUGAAAUGCUUAGGGCUGUGUGGCUUGCCUCUCUUCAACCAAAUACUGCGGCUGAGCAAUGGUUGAUUGUUCCCUGCUAGAUAGUGGCAGUGAAUAGUGGCCCAGCCCGCAGGAAUAAUGCUUUUGUCACUCCCCCGGCACCCCCCUCGGACAAAAAUGGUGGUGAUGCUUCUGCAACUCACGUGUAGGCCCAGACUCAUCCGUCAAAGAUCAAUCAUGCAGCCUGCUGAAACCUGGUCAGUGUUUGAGGCAGCUCAGAAUGCAGCUUUAAUGAGUGGACUUUGCCUGGUCACUGAAUCAUCAGGAGAUGCCACCUCUAUAGCCAUUCCAGUGACUAAGGGACCAGAGAGCCCUAGAGGGAUAUUAGAGGUGCCAGAACGGAUGUAUUGCUCUGCCUGCUCAAAAGCCUUUGACAGUCGAGAGGAGCAGACUGAGCAUUAUCGGCUAGAUUGGCACCGUUUCAACCUAAAGCAGCGACUGCUGGGCUGCCAGACACUCACAGCUGAAGAAUUUGAGGCAAAGACUCAAGCAGGUGAUGUUUCCAGCAUCUCUGGCUCGGAUUCCAGUGACUCUGACUUGGACAGUGAAUCUGAACCACAAUUUUUCCAGAACAGUGAAGGCAAAGGGAGCAGUCAUCAGAGCCCGUCGCCAUGUCCACGCUCUCAGCGGGUUCUGUUCAGAAAUUCCCAAGGCCAGCUUAUCUCAGUCUAUCGCUGUGUGCUGAGCACUAUGAAGAGCAGUAUGGGGGAGCCUGCAGAGCUAGUGACGUCCCUUCAGAGACAGAGCCCAGGAACCUCCUGGGUGAUCCUAAUGGCUGGCGGGGGACACUUUGCAGGAGCUGUCUUCAAGGGGAAUGAGGUGCUGGAGCAUAAGACUUUCCAUCGAUACACAGUACGAGCUCGCCGAGGUACAGCCCAAGGGGUGAGGGAUGCUCAAGGAUCUAUGCCAAAGUCAGCUGGGGCCUCACUACGGCGCUAUAAUGAGGCUGCCUUGCUCAAGGAUAUUCAGGAGUUGUUGGCCAGCUGGGCAGGGCAUUUACAAGGAGCAGAGUGCGUCUUCCUUCGUGCUCCUCGCACCAACCGGUGUCGUUUUUUUGGCAGCAAAAAUGGCCCUCUUCAGCGAGAUGAUCCCCGUAUCCGGGGCAUUCCUUUCAGCACCCGGAGAGCCACUUUCCAUGAGGUGCAACGGGUACAUGGGGUUCUGAGCAGUCUGCAAGUGUAUGGAAAGGACACAGCCGUUGCAGAUCUGACUGGCUCUCCUCGGAAGAGCUGGAAAAAAGCACUUCCUCAGGAUGAAGCAUCUUCACAGAGUCAAGAUACUAUCUCUGCAGCAAGGUCAGAAGAGGAGGAGGAAGAGGAAGGGGGAAGUCUGAAGCAGCUGGAAUUGAUGGAGAUGACGCUGAGUACGCUGGAACUCCGUGAAUUUGAGGUAGCACCAAAAUGGAAUUGCAAGAAGAGAAGGAAGAAACCAAAAGCACUGACAGAGUUUUCCAUUGAGACUACAGGAGGUGUGGACAAGCCCAAGAGCUUUUGGUCCAAAAGAGGGGAGUUAGCGGAGAACCAGAAAUGUCUGGAAGCUGAAGGAGGUCUUAGCACAUCAGUGCAGGAUGCCUUAUUCACAGCCUGUAAGAUGGGAGACCUGGGAGCACUACAGCAUCUUCUGGGGUUGGAUAAUAGCACAGCAAACAAGAGAGAUGAUUGCAGUGGUAUUGCCCUGCAGCAGUUGCUCAACACACCCUUGGAUGAGAGUGGCUGGACCCUUCUGCAUGUGGCAGCAGCAGCAGGAAGGAGUGCAGUUGUGCGGCUCCUGUUGGAGACUGGGGCUGAUCCAACCCUUAGGGACAGACAAGAACAGCCUCCAUACUGUGUCUCUGCCAAUAAGCAAACUCGUAAUGAAUUCCGUAGGUUCAUGGGUGAACAUCCUGAGAAAUAUGAUUAUAUUCAGGCCCAGGUGCCUGGACCCUUGACAGCUGAAAUGGAAGCCAGGCAGGCAGAACGCCGCAAAGCACAGAAGGCCCAGCGGAAGCAGCGUGAGAAAGAGAAACGAGAAGCACAGCAGCUGCUUGAGCAAGAGGCGGAUGAGAAACGGCGCUUUGCCCUGCUGAGUGAUCGUGAGAAGCGUGCUCUGGCGGCUGAGAGGAGACUUGCUUCCCAAUUAAAAGACUCCAGUGCAACUCUUACUAAUACCAGGCGCUGUUGGCUCUGUGGGGAGUCACUAUUGGGCCGCAUUCCUUUCCAUUAUCUUGACUUCUCCUUCUGCUCCACAAACUGUCUGCGAGCUCAUCGACAAGCAAACACUACCCUGUCCUAGCUAGCAUUUUUUCCUUGGACACUAAUGGUCUGCUUACUACAGUCUGAAUGAAAACAGAAAACCUCAUCUAUGAUUGCUGUCACUUGGGGCAGGAGGAAUACAGUGUAGCAGCACAAACAUGAGUAACUGUUUCUUUAUGCUCUAUAGGAGGCUAACCUGGGAAGCUGGUACCUUAGUGGCUGAGAAAUGACUGUCUCUCUUGAAGUAGUAGUUCUCCCAUUCAAAGCUAGAAGCAGGAUUUUAUGUGUGGGAGGUGGGGUGGAAGAGGCAUUAGAAGACUGAUUUCUAUGGGGAAAUACAGAGUCUCCUUUACAGCCUGGAGAGAAGAGGGGGAGCUACUGUUUGUGAGCUCAAUAUAACAAAGUUAGGAGAAUCUUCCUGGAGUGUACUGAGACCACCAGGGCAGAAAAGAGCUACUUUAUCAGUUCCUCACCUAAAUUAAUGACUGCAGUAACAAGGAUCUGUUACUGUGUCUAACCACAGUUAUGUCUGUAAAAUAUACUGCAGUACAGGUUCUGCAGGAUGGUUUAUGGGCCAAGAUAAAACCAUGGUAUUUUUUAAGGUAGUAAGAGAAUUUUGUUGUUUCCUACUAGUGUUGGAAAUAGGGAGAUUUUUGCCUUGUCAUCACUAUAUGCCUCUUGUGUAUCCUUCCACAGUUAUUUUCACUGCAUUGUUUGCCCACCUUUUAACUGGAGCCAUAAACCUGUUCUCCUCUGUACCUUUCCCCCAUCUCUUGAUGCACUGUGGAUGAAUAAACUACAAUGUAGAACCAUG